CAGUUCGAAAUGGGUAUUCCUGCGUUCCCGUGGCACUGGCCGAAGGACUGGACAUAAAAUUGAACGCGGCUGUGCGAAAAGUGGAAUAUAACCACAGGGGCGUGGAAGUCACUGUGUAUAAUCCUAGAAAUCCUUCGAGCACUAAUACCUACCAUGCUGAUGUAGUACUGUGCACUCUUCCACUUGGAGUAUUAAAAUUAAGCGCUGCACCUUCGAGCACCCAACUGAACACCGUCCAAUUUUCGCCGCCUCUGCCCGACUGGAAAACCUCGGCUAUACAACGAUUAGGUUUCGGCAACCUAAACAAGGUCGUUUUGUGCUUCGAGCGAAUCUUCUGGAAUCCGCAAGCAAAUCUUUUUGGUCAUGUUGGUAGCACCACUGCCAGCAGAGGAGAACUGUUUUUGUUCUGGAAUUUGUAUAAAGCUCCGGUUUUACUUGCUUUGGUAGCUGGCGAAGCUGCAGCUAUUAUGGAGAAUGUUACAGAUGAUGUUAUUGUUGGAAGAUGCAUUGCUGUUCUAAGAGGUAUUUUCGGCCAAUCAGGCGUGCCACAGCCGAAAGAAACAGUGGUGACUCGUUGGAGGGCCGACCCUUGGUCUAGGGGUUCCUAUAGCUUUGUAGCAGUGGGCAGUUCCGGAAGUGACUAUGAUCUUUUAGCUUCGCCUGUUAUUCCUCCAAACGCACAAGGCGUAUCAGUGACCUCAGGACCUGCAAGAUUGUUUUUUGCAGGAGAACACACUAUCAGAAAUUAUCCUGCAACUGUUCAUGGUGCCUUUUUAAGCGGACAAAGAGAGGCAAGCCGUAUUGCAGAUCAAAUUAUGGGUAACCCAUGUCACCCACAACCUGCAGAAGGUUGAUUUUUUAGAGUAAUGACGUUAACCAAGAUAAACUGUAAAUUGGCUAAGUACGAGCGAAACAAAUUGAGAAAUACGUUGUGCCGGCCGUGAUUUAUUAAAGCCAACGAAAACACUAUAUA